AUGAACACUCCUUUAUCAAGUGUGCUAUCUCAGCUGCUGGGCCCUCGUAAAGUGGCAUUAGUUGGAAGCCUAACAGCUUUUGUUGGCUUGACAAUUUCAGCUUUUGCACCAAAUCUGGAGUUUCUUUAUGUAUUCUUCGGAGUUGUUCAAGGUAUAGCAUUGACCUUCACCUUUACUCCUGGAAUCAUGAUGAUAGCCAAGUAUUUUAAUCGACGCAGAGGUCUGGCCAAUGGGUUAACAAUGUCUGGCAAUGCUCUAGGAGGAAUCGUUAUGCCACUUGUAGCGCAUAAACUCAUUUCAGAAUAUGCUUUACGGGGCUGCUUCCUAAUUAUGGGAAGCUUAUUACUGAACUCGUGUGUUGGCAUCAUGCUCUGGCAACCCGUUGAAUGGCAUCAGAAAAAGAGCCCUAUAGAGGCAAUUCCUAUUCUUGAUGAAAAUCCAAAAGAAGCUUUGUCACAAAGUGAUUCCCCUGAGGCAGAUACUUCCGUUGAAGAAGAGCUCACAGUGACAAACAAGGAAAGUUUACUUAAUGAACCUAUUCCUUUAGAAUCUGGCUUAGAUUUGUCUCUCGAUAGCUCAGUUGCUGUUAAAAUAUGUGCACCUGAAAUCUUCAUAAACAAAAGAGAUAUUGAUAUGUAUGCGUCGGGCCCUAAUUUAUAUUCAAAUGGAAAUUGUAUUUCUGUUCAUAAUAAGAGAAUACCAAGAGGAGGAUCAUCUCCGCAUUUAGCAGACAUGUCAAAAUCAAAUGAUAAAAUGUAUGGAUCUUCGGGAAGCACAGAAUCUCUUCCUAAUAUGUUUAAACUCUCGCCAAGACUCAUGAAACAUGGUUCUAGAGCUUCAUCUUUUAUGUAUUUAAGCUCUUACAGUUUUGGCCCCACCGCUGGCGCGAUUCUGACGAAAGAACAUUUUACAGGACUUGAUUUUAGUGACUCGAAGCAUAUGUCUGAUGAUUCUCAAGAGCUAGAGAAACGUAAAAAGUGUACACUUUUCCCAUGUUUAGGGAAACUAGCUCUUGAUUUGUCUAUUUUUGAAAAGAGUAGGUUUUACAUAAUGACAGUUUCUUUAUUUUUCCAUGUGUUAGGUUACCCUGGAACUCAACUUUUUCUGCCAUAUCAUGCUACAACGCUAGGUCUUUCCCAAGCACAUGCAGCAUCUCUAUUAUCUGUGAUGGCUUUGACUGACCUCAUAGGUAGAAUAGGCUGUGCAUGGAUAUCUGACUUCCAUUUCUGUCCACGAAAGUACUGGUUUAUAGGAGGCAUGCUCACAUCAGGUGUGUUUGCAUUUAGCCUGCCAUUCUACAGAUCUUACUCAACUCUGCUGGCUGGAGCUGCAGGAUUUGGAUUUUGCUGUGGAGCUUAUAUAGGUCUCGUUGUAGUUCUAUUUGCAGACGCUUACAGCGCUGAAAAAGUAGCUUUGGCCUAUAGCAUUUCAACAGUCUCUGGAGGCUUCAUGGCUCUUGGAGGACCACCUCUCAUGG